AAAUUGUUUCCUCGUAAACCCGCAUUGUUCUUAUGUUCUGAACCUUUGAGGUUUUGUUGCGUCGAUUUGCGUGUGUUCUUUUCUCUCUCUCUCUCUUCAUCUCUGCUUCAUCGCUCUCCGUCGCCGGCGUUUGCAGAAUGAAGCGGAGACGGACGGUGGAAGAUGAUGACCCCCCUUCUAGUUCUAGGGUUUCUUCCCCUACGGCAGGCAUCAUCAAGAGACUUCGUUUGGAGAAUUUCAUGUGCCAUUCCAACCACGAGACCGAGUUCGGAAAACACGUCAAUUUCAUCACCGGCCAGAAUGGAAGUGGUAAGAGUGCGAUCCUAACUGCAUUGUGCGUUGCGUUUGGUUGUCGAGCGAAAGGGACUCAAAGGGCUGCAACUUUGAAGGAUUUCAUUAAAACUGGCGCUAGUAAUGCAGUCAUCCAUGUUGAAAUUCAAAAUGAAGGAGAGGAUGCUUUUAAGCCUGAAGUAUAUGGUGAUGUUAUCAUUGUAGAACGGAGGAUAUCUGAAUCCACAAGCUCCACUACGUUAAAAGAUUGCCAAGGAAAGAAAGUUUGCAGUCGGAAAACAGAUCUUCAAGAAAUCGUUGAACAUUUUAAUAUUGAUGUGGAGAAUCCGUGUGUAAUCAUGAGUCAAGACAAAAGCAGAGAAUUUUUGCAUUCUGGGAAUGAGAAAGACAAAUUUAAGUUUUUUUACAAGGCCACACUUCUUCAGCAAGUCAAUGAUCUUUUGGAAGGCAUUUCCCGUGAAAUAACUACUGCUCAUGCAAUAGUUCAAGACUUAGAGACUGCAAUCAGGCCCAUAGAGAAAGAGCUUAAUGAGCUGCAGGUUAAAAUUAAAGCUAUGGAGCAGGUUGAAAAAAUAUCAUUACGGGCUCAGCAGUUAAAAAAGAAACUUGCAUGGUCGUGGGUUUAUGAUGUGGACAAGCAACUUGAGCAACAGAAUGUAAAGAUAGAAAAGUUGAAGAACCGGAUACCUACCUGCCAAGCUAAGAUUGAUCAGCAACUGCAUCGGAUUGAAGAAUUGAAGGAAAGGUGCUCUAUGAAGAAAGCAGAAAUUGCAAGUAUGUUGGAUACAACAUCUCAAGUUAAGCAAAUGAAGGAAAGUUUAAGGCAGUCUAUGUCAUUGGCAAGAAAAGAAAAAUUAGAAUGUGAGCGAGACUACAACAGCAAAAGGAGCAGCAUACAAAAGUUGGAAGAUCAACUCAAAAAAUUUGAGGGACAAAUGCAUGGUAUUCAAGAGCAGCACGUAAAAAACACCCAGGCUGAAGUAUCUAAUAUGGAGGAGAAAAUGAAUAAACUUCGAGAUGAGUUUCAUGUUGCUGAUUCAAAUUUGAGAAGAUUGAAAGAAGAAGAGGCUUUGCUAAUGAACGAGAUACAAAUGCAAAAUGAGGAAAUUAAAAAGAUUGUUAGUAAGAUCCAAGAUCAUGGAAAGAAGGAACGUGCUAAAUUGGAUAAUAUUGGUGUUCUUCAACGUCAACAGAGCAACACGAUUACGGUUUUUGGAGGAGACAGAGUGAUGCAUCUAUUACAUAUAAUUGAGGAUAAUCAUCGAAAGUUUAAGAUGCCUCCGAUUGGUCCAAUUGGUGCCCAUUUGAAGUUACUUCAUGGUAAGCAAUGGGCGGUUGCUAUUGAAUAUGCCAUCGGGAGAUUGUUCAAUUCUUUUAUUGUGACUGAUUAUGAUGAUUUUCGUCUUCUGAAAAAAUAUGCAAUGCAAGCAAGAUAUGGUGACCUGAGAAUUAUCAUUUAUGAUUUUUCAACCCCAAGGCUUACAAUACCACAGCAUAUGCUCCCUAAUACAAAAUAUCCAACGGCUCUUUCUGUCUUACAAUGCGAGAAUCACACAGUGAAUAAUGUCUUAGUUGAUCUGGGAAGUGUUGAGAGACAAGUGCUGGUUAACGAUUAUGAAACAGGGAAAGAAGUUGCCUUUGAACAAAGGAUUCAGAAUCUGAAAGAGGUCUAUACAGCAAGUGGAUCUAGAAUGUUUUCUCGAGGCCCAGUACAAACUGUUCUUCCUGGAGGCAGGAAAAGAGGCCGUUUAAGUAUUUCUUUUGAAGAUGAGAUUGCGAAACUUCGUAAUGAAGCAGCAGAUGAAGAAAAGGAAGCUAAUGACUGCAGAAGGAAUAAAAGAGUGGCAGAGGAGAAGCUUGAGGAGCUUCAUAGUCGUAUGAAUUCUAUAAAGAAGCGUUGUGCACAUGCUGGACACGAUUUUACCUCUAAGAAACUAGCGUUGGAGAUGGCAGAGCAUGAGCAUGCUGCUGAAAGGGGCUUAACAUCUUCGUCCUCAGUUGAUGAGAUCGGUGAAGCAAUUUCAGAAAUCCAGAAAAAAAAAGACGAAGAACAAGUCUUGUUGAAAAAUCUUCAGCAGAAGAAGCAUGAAGCAGCAGGAAAAGCAGAUGAUCUCAAAACACAAUUUGACAAACUGUGUGAAUCAACGAAUGGGGAAAUUGCUGCCCUUGAGAAAGCUGAGACUGAACUUGUGGAGAUUGAAAGAGACAUGGAUGCGGCGCAAGAGGAGAAGCAUCAUUAUGAUGGUGUCAUGAAAAACAAGGUCCUACGUGAUAUUCAGGAGGCAGAGGAACACAAUCUGGUGCUUACAAAGAGGCGCGAGGAAUUUGUUGAAAAGGCUUCGAUAAUAUGCUGUGUGAAUGAACUGAAUUCGUUAGGAGGUUGUGACGGGGAUACCCCAGAGAAAAUCAGUGCUCAACUAGAAGAAGUAAAACAGACACUUAGGCGUGAGAGCCCAAGGUACUCUGAAUCAAUUGAUGACCUUAGGAUGCUGUAUGCGAAAAAAGAACGUAAGAUUACUAAAAGGCAGCAAGUUUACAAAGCCCUUCGACAGAAAUUGGACGCUUGCGAGAGAGCACUGAAGGUGCGAAGGAACAAGUUUCAGACAAAUGCAUCAUGUGUGAAGCGCCAACUUUCUUGGAAAUUUAAUACCCAUUUAAGAAGGAAGGGGAUCAGUGGGCUUAUCAGAGUUAAUUAUGAGAAGGAAACCUUGUCGAUUGAGGUACAAAUGCCCCAAGAUGCAUCAAACAAAGCUGUUCAAGACACUAGGGGGCUUUCAGGUGGGGAGCGUUCUUUUUCAACAUUGUGCUUUGCAUUAGCCCUUCAUGAAAUGACCGAGUCCCCUUUUAGAGCAAUGGAUGAGUUUGAUGUCUUUAUGGAUGCAGUAAGCCGAAAAAUCAGCUUGGACACUCUGGUUGAUUUUGCUGUGGAACAAGGAUCACAGUGGAUAUGCAUCACCCCGCAUGAUACUAGCUCGGUGAAGGCUGGGGACAGGGUAAAGAAGAUGCAAAUGGCAGCUCCACGUUCUUGAUCGCUCAUAAUUUGCUAUAUUCUGUUUAUUCUACAUAUGCAACUUUCUGCGUUUCAUCAUGUUCAAUCUCAAAUAAUUAUAUAUUUAAAUUAUAUUUUGUCGUGUUGUGUUUUGUGAGCUUUAAAAUUGAAGCAGAGUUAUAUGUAUAGCUUUUUGUGUAUAAAAUUACUCUCACAAUUCAACUCGGGUUGGUCAAAGGAGUUCUAAAGAGUGUGACUCUUAAAGCUUAAACUUUGAAUUUAGACAUUUAGACAAUCACUUUUAAUUA